ACAACUUCCGGUGUGUCUGAAAUUAAAAGUCUUUUAUUUAUCUGUUGAUAUUCCUGAAACAAUAUGAUUUAAAAACAGAACAUAGGCAUUUUGUAUCCCCUUUAUCCUAGUCUGGCGAUAUUUCGGAGCCCAGAGCUCUAAGCGCCUCUCUCAAAUCUCUUAUAAGGGUUCUUUUUAAGUGUGUAAAGAUGGCGGAAGAGGAGAAGAGUGGAGACAAAAGCGAUCUGCAAAUUGUGAAGGACCUGGUGGAUCUACUUUAUAAAUUCAGAGACAGCUAUUUUGAAACUCACAGUGUGGACGAUGCUGGGAAGAAACAAAGUGAUGUUGCUGAAGAGUUAGAAAAAACACUAAAGAGGCUACAGGAAUAUGAAGAUCGGUAUAAGCAUAAAGCAGAAUUUUUGCUACAGAAAGGCCGAUGUCUGAAUGUAUCUCCAGAUUUUAGUGCCAUUGCUGAGGAGUGCCUUUCCCGAGCGGUUAAACUAGAACCUACACUGGUGGAGGGCUGGAAUAUUUUAGGAGAGCAAUACUGGAAAAAGGGGGACCUCACUGGUGCCAAGAACUGCUUUACAGGAGCCUUGCAGCAGAGCAAAAACAAAGUGUCCCUUCGUAACCUUUCUAUGGUGCUGAGACAACUGCCAGCUACUAACAAUGAUAGUCACAACAAACAGGUGAUGGAGAGUGUGGACAUGGCUCGGCAAGCAGUUCAGUUAGAUGUUACAGAUGGGACUUCCUGGUAUAUUUUGGGAAAUGCUUAUGUUUCCCUAUUUUUUACCUGCGGACAAAACCCCCAGUUGUCUCAGCAAGCCUUAAGCUCCUAUGCACAAUCAGAAAAAGUGGACAAAGCUGCAUCCUGUUAUCCUGAGCUACAUUUUAAUCGAGCCACAUUGUUCCAGUACGAGGAGAUGUUUGGCUCAGCUUUGGGGGGCUACAGUCGCGCGGCCUCCCUCGAUCCAAGCUGGGAGGAGCCUCCAGAGAGAGAGAGGCUACUGCUGGAAUACCUGGAGAAAGUGACUGAGCUCAUACAGAACAAGGGAAAAGUGAAAGCGCGUCGCUUACGGACAAUGCUUUCCAACCUCAACACUUCAGCGCUGGGCCCCUGCUCCUCCCCUCAGUUCCGUUCUCCCACUGGUCGCGUCGGGAGCCUGGAGCCACGAACCCUGUCUGCCCUAUCCCACGGAAACAACGAUGGAGUAGCUGCUCUGGGGAAAGUGGUGUUCAGUUUGGCUUCAGAGGGACGAAUGGCUUUUACAUUUGGCAUGGUGGACAGUGAAGAAUCAUGCAUAGUGGUGAUGGUGUACAACACUGCUGACAGCUGGGGAGUCCUAAUUGGAGACUCUGUUGUCAUUCCUGAACCUCACAUCAAACGCCACAGUAUAACGCAUAAAGAUAAGUCAUUUGAUUUCAGAAGUAUACGAGUGGAUUCUCCUCUACUUCUUAUUGUAAACGGAAAGAAGCAAAACAUCCAAAGUCAAAUAGCUGUGUCUGUCAGCUACAAGCCCCAGAGUGAAUGAGUUCUGCAUGGUACAUGAGAUGGACACGAGUGAAUAAUUAUUGUGUGUGUGGAAAUAUUAAAUGUUAUUGCCUG